UCCGGGGUUUGUGUAGCAGUGGUGCAGCCGUUGUGCUCUUGAACAUACCUCAAAUUUUCAGACCCGGGCAAUUUUCUGGCCACAUUUCUGCUGAUACAGCGACACGAACUCCCCCGUUGUUCAUGCAUUUCAACAAUUAACACAAACUUAAUUCAGGGCAUGUUACUCAAGCUCUCAUUUAUUCCUGAAAAUAGCGUCUAUUUUAGAUAGUGUUUAACUAUUGGAGCUAACAGUUGGGAGCUGCGCCUCACACACACUGGACACAGGAGGAUGUCGCGCGGAGAGCUGGGAGAGCUGGACCCGGCUGUAUUCCAGAAGCAGUUGCACAAGCUGAAGUUUAGCAUGGAGGAAGAGGCUGACAGUAAUCUGUGCAUUGACACGGAUUCGGACUCAACAGAUAAAAAGGAUGGUACCAAGGGUCAAGUGAAAUGGACUCAGGAAGAGGACGAAAAUCUCAAAAUCCUGAUCAACAACUUUGGGAAAAAAGAUUGGAAAACUAUUGCCAGUUUUUUACCAGGACGGACAGAAAUCCAGUGUAUGCAGCGCUGGAAGAAGCACUUGGAUCCUGAAUUAGUCAAGGGAUUCUGGUCCAAAGAGGAAGACGAAAAGAUAACAGAGCUGGUGGGCAAGUUUGGCACCAGACACUGGACUUUGAUUUCCAGGCAACUGAAGGGGCGGCUCGGGAAACAGUGUCGUGAGCGUUGGCACAACCACCUCGACCCACUGAUCAAAAAAAGCUCCUGGACCAACGAAGAAGAUCUCAUCAUUUACAAAGCUCAUUCCAUUCUGGGAAACCGGUGGACUGAGAUUGCCAAGCUGCUUCCUGGGAGGACGGACAAUAGUGUGAAGAACCACUGGAACUCCACUAUCAAACGUAAAGCAGAGUUAGGCUUGUUCAAAGACGACACUGACAGCAUUUCCCUUGAUAUUCAACAGUUUGUGGAAGGAGAGGUGGAUUUCAAGUGUGAUGUUGUAUUAGACACUGAACCAGUUAUUCCUGUAGUGAUGCAGCUCAGCCCUGAGAAGGAGAAGAAGCAGAAGGAGCAUCAGAAAGUCAAGCAGAAGACGGCCGUCCCGCCUCCGAAGGCUUUGGCGCCAAAGGGGGAGGUCUCCUCCCGCAGUCCCUCCUUACCCCCAAGUUCAAGUUCCAGUCCCAGCUCCAGCUCAGGCACAGCAGGCGCACCAGUGGACCAGAAAAGGUUUGCCGAUGCAGCACUGAGGAUGAUCGCUGAGGACAUGAUGCCACUCAGUUUUGUUGAAGGAGCAGGCUUCAGGUCAUUCAUGAGUACCAUCAGCCCUGAAUACAACAAGCUGUCCCAGCGUGCCAUCGGCCUGCAGCUUUAUGAUGAGGUGGAGAGAACCAUCAAGCCUCAACUCAUCCGUGACCUCAAAGCAUGCCUCGCCACAACUAAAGAUGGUGAGAGCGCCAUUCAUGUCACCCUUGACCUCUGGGCAGGUGGUCAAUCUCAUCCAGUCGAGGAGCCCAUCGUCAUUGUGCAGCUCCACUUUGUCAGUGAAUCCUGGCAGAUCCGCCGUCCCAUUGUGGCCUUCCGUCACCUCAGCCACAAAAACCUCAGCACAGCAGUGGCCAGAGAGCUUGAAGGUGUGCUGCUGAGCUACGGCAUCUUCCCUCGCAGCAUCGGCUGCGUCCUCGCUAACCAGGCCAAAGAAGCCCUCGCUGCGAACAACCUGUUCUGCAACUACAAGAUCAUGUGCUCAUCUAACAGGGGAGAACCAGACGGAGAUGAGAUAGUGUCAUUUCUGUCAGACCAGAUGGCUGAAACAGAGUCCCCCUUUUCAGAACUGCAAAUCGGGACCAGGACCACCUGUAUAGCCAAAACACUGCAGCUGGUGAUCAAAGAGGCACUGAAGAACUCCAGGGUAGUGGAGAACCUGCUCUCACAAGCCCACAAUGUGGUGGCUUUCUUUAGGAGCAGCGCCUACUGGAGCGAGGUUUUGUUGAAGGAGUGCAGCGUGUCCCUGUGCCCGUCCUCCAGUAACUGUCGCUGGAACUCCAUGAUGGUGUCUUUGCGUCGUAUGGUGCAGGAAUCCACCUGGAGCGCCAUCAUGACUCUCCUGGCCCAGGCUCGCAUAGAGGCUAACGACACAGCCAGCACCCCGCCUCUGGUCAUGGUCAAGAGGGAGCAAGUGAUUGACAUCCUGGGUCUCCUUGAACCCUUUCAGGAGGCCUUGCAGGUCCUGCAAGGAAACGGUGUGACCAUCUCAUUCAUCAUACCCUCGCUCAUUGGCCUGGAUAAGACUUUGGAGAGCUGUGUCACCAACUACACCCACUUCAGCAAGGGCCUUCGCACAGGCCUCCACACUCACUUCCAGUCCCUGAUUCACCAGAAAGACCUGAUACUAGCUGCUGUGCUUGACCCCAGGAUCAAACUGAAGCCGUUCUCUGAUUCCAAAUCGGAGGACCAGACAGGUUUCCUAACGCCUCCAUCAAAGAAUCAGGCUCGCACCAUCGUGGAAGCUUCAUUGGGCACCAUGGAGGCCUCAGCCUCUCCCUCUGUGGAGGCAGAUGAAAACCAGAUAAGCAAGGAGGUGAAAAAGGAGCAGGACGGCGAAGAGGAAAGCCAAGCCAACACACUGAUAGAGGCGUCUGGUGGCAGCUCAGACGACAACAACUGCGACGGAAUCAACGGGAACGACCUCAAGCGCAAGUCUAUCUUCAACUUCCUCCAACCACCCGCGAAGACCUUGAAGAUGUCAGAGCUUGAUGUUUACCUGUCUGAACCGCUGUGGGAAAGCAACAACAGUUUGUUGUACUGGAAAUCUGCUGUUCGGUUCCCCCAACUCCGGGGCAUCGCCAAGAAGCUGCUGGCGGUUCCGGCCACCUCGGGGGGCUUCGACCGACUCUGUCCGAUGGCGGCUUGUAUUGUAAGAGCCAAGAGGAACCGCCUGCCACCUCACACCACAGAGAGACUGCUUCUAUACAAAAACUCUUUAAAGACAAAGACCGUUAAAAAACCUAGUGGGGUCACUAAACAGCGGUAGGUCAAGUGUCAUUAGUGUCUUGUUAUUCAAUCCUCCACAUUUGCCUCUUCACACUUUGCAUUAAACAGAAACUCUGCACAAAGUAUAUUAAAAUGUAUUUAGAUUGAGGACAUUAUAUGCAAAACAUGUUAUCAUAGAGCUGCUGUCACUUGUCAGUGGUGAGUGGGACAACUGUAAGUGUUCAGAGUGAAAGUCUGGACUACAUUCCCAAAACGUUACAUAAUAGAUAUAACAAAGACUUGUUAUAUUUGAGAGUAAUUCAGCCUGUAAAAUGUAACCCCAGGUGUCAAGAUGAUGCUUUUCUUUGAAGCUGAGUUCCUCUGAAGACCGUGUGCUGCUAAUACUUUCUCACAGAGGAGAAAAAGUUACUAUGGUCAAAGUCUACAUGUAGGAUUUGAAUGUUUCUGACUUUGCAGCUUAAUCUGGUUGGUUGUAUUAAAAAAAAAAGACCCUGUGGAGGACAACAGUGCAGACCUGCUACUAAAAGAUGCUACAGUCAAUCAGUCAUCAAUAUAAACUACAGACAGAAGAUAGUUACUGGAGGUCUAUUUUUGCAGGUAAAUUGCAGUGUGAAGAUACUCGUGAUUUUUGUUUUCACACAUUGUAAUUUAUUUGUUUUGAUGCUGAACACAUGCAGAUGAACUGGGUCACUUGGCAGUAAAUUGAACACUUUCAGCUUUUUGUAAAAGCAGUGUUUAUUUUAUAAAUCUUUUACAGUUUGUUUAUAUUUUUUAUUGGUCCGUGAUGCCUUAAAUGUACCACAAUGAAUGUCUUUUUUUUUUUUUUUUCCAAGAGCAUUGAUGAUUUAUAAAUAGUUUUUGCUCUUAAAUUAAUUGUUAUGUCCGUUGAAGUUGAUGGGAAAUGUUAUUCUACGUGUUAAUUUGACAUCAAUAGAAAGGAAAUCUUGUAAACAAACUUAAGUUCACAUUGAAUGACAGCUAACUGAUUUCAUUGCAGUGAUGAUUGUUCAUAUUGCAGCAACAGGGUUUAUUUAAACAGUUUAGUCUCUUCUUUUUCAGAAAACAGAUUUCAGCUGCUUCACUUGAAAAGGACUCAGUGCUUCUAACGGUUUAACCUCUUGUGUCUCCACAUGGAAAUAUACAGAGAUUGUACUUGUAUAUUUAAGAAUAAACAUGUUUUCUCUACA